GGAGUCACGAACCCCACCGACCGUCAUUCGCCUACCUUUACUUUUCCGAGGGGGCAGCCAAGUAUAUGCGUCAGGCCUUGAGCUCCUUGCGCAUUCAUCUCUCAAGCUACCAACCGGUCCGCCGAUCUGUCCUGACUCACACGCGCAGCUUCGCAUCUACACCUGUAGCAUUUAAGUUCAAACCGGCGAAACCAAAACACCCACCACCAAUGGCGUCCACCACCACCAAGACUGGCGAGCCUUUCGACCGCGCUCAGCUCGAGUCGCUGAUGCGCCGCCGUCUCUUCUACACCCCUUCCUUCGAGAUCUACGGCGGUGUUUCUGGCCUUUACGACUAUGGCCCGCCCGGCUGCUCGCUCCUGGCCAACAUGGUUGACGUGUGGCGGAAGCACUUCGUUCUGGAGGAGGACAUGCUGGAGGUCGACUGCACCAUGCUCACCCCGCAUGAAGUGCUGAAGACCAGUGGACACGUUGACAAGUUCGCGGAUUGGAUGUGCAAGGACCCCAAGACCGGCGAGAUCUUCAGAGCCGACCACCUGGUCGAGGAAGUCCUGGAGUCCAGGCUGAAGGGUGACAAGGAGGCUCGUGGCCAGAAGGUCGAAGAGAAGGAGGACCCCAAGAAGAAGAAGAAGAAGGUCAAGGAGAUCAAGGCUAUCCAGCUCGACGACGCCGUCGUGACCGAGUAUGAGGAGGUCCUUGCCAAAAUUGACAACUACAACGGCGAGGAGCUUGGCCAGCUCAUCACCAAGUACGACAUUAAGAACCCUGCCACCAACGGUGAACUCCUGCCCCCGGUUUCCUUCAACUUGAUGUUCCAGACCUCCAUUGGCCCUAGCAGCAACAUGCCCGGCUACCUGCGUCCGGAGACCGCACAGGGCCAGUUCCUUAACUUCCAAAAGCUGCUGGAGUUUAACCAGCAGCAGAUGCCUUUCGCUUCUGCCUCGAUUGGCAAGUCUUUCCGUAACGAGAUUUCUCCCAGAGCCGGCCUUCUGCGUGUGCGUGAAUUCCUGAUGGCCGAGAUCGAGCACUUUGUGGACCCUGAGGGUGGCAAGAAGCACCCUAGGUUCAACGAUGUCCGCGACGUCAAGCUGGAGCUUCUGAACCGCGAUGUUCAGCUCUCCGGCAAGACCACCGUUGAGACCACGCCCAUUGGUGAGGCCGUUGACAAGGGUAUCGUUGACAACGAGACCCUGGGUUACUUCCUGGCCAGGAUCCAGCAAUACCUGCUGAAGAUCGGUGCCGAUCCCAAGAAGAUCAGGUUCCGUCAGCACAUGGCAAACGAGAUGGCUCACUACGCUACUGACUGCUGGGACGCUGAGCUGCUCACGAGCUAUGGCUGGAUUGAGUGCGUUGGUUGUGCCGAUCGCAGCGCAUACGACCUGAGUGUGCACAUGAACAAGACCGGCGCACCUCUCUUGGUCAGGGAGAAGCGCGCCGAGCCUCUGAAGGUUGAGGAAUGGCAGAUUGACGUUGAGAAGAAGAAGUUUGGCCCCAAGUUCAAGAAGGACGGUAAGACGGUUGAGGCCGCCAUUGAGGCCCUGACCCAAGACAUGCGCGAGAAGCUGUCGCUGGACCUCAAGAACAACGGCAAGAUUACCAUCGACGUGCCCGAGGUUGGGGAGGGCAAGGUCGAGCUCGGAACGGACCUGAUCAACAUUGAGAAGCGCACGCGGGUCGAGAACACUCGGGAGUACACGCCCAACGUCAUUGAGCCGUCGUUUGGCAUUGGUCGUAUCCUCUACAGCAUUGUGGAGCAUAACUACUGGGUUCGCCCUGGCGACGAGGAGGGUGCUCGCGGAGUUCUCUCAUUCCCUCCGACGGUCGCACCGACCAAGGUGCUUCUCGUGCCGCUGUCGACGCACGCGGACUUUGCGCCGCUGGUGAAGCGGCUCAGCCUGAAGCUGCGCAAGAUGGGCAUCUCGAGCCGGGUCGACGACUCGUCGGCCAGCAUUGGCAAGCGGUACUCGCGCAACGACGAGCUGGGCACGCCGCUGGGCAUCACGGUCGACUUUGAGUCGGUGCAAAAGGGCACGUUUACGCUGCGGGACCGCGACUCGACCAAGCAGGUGCGGGCGUCGGAGGAGGAGAUAUUCGCGGCGGUGCAGAGCCUGUGCGAGGGCAACGAGACGUGGGCCGAGGUGUCGAAGCGGCUGCCGGUGUUUGAGGGCCAGCAGCUGGAGUAGAAGCAGUAGAUAGAAAAAAAUGGCACUGGGGCGCGGA